ACCGGAGAACCAAUCGAUGCUCAAACGGCUCUUCGAUGCGGUUUGGUUUCGCGUAUUGUGCCGGAAAAGGAGGUGAAGUUUGAGGCGUUGAGGGUUGCGGAGCAGAUUGGUCAACACAGCCGUUCGGUCACAGCUCUAGGAAAAGCGUUCUUCUACACGCAAGCUGAACUCCGGGUCAACGAGGCAUACAGAUACGGCGGGAAAGUGAUGACGGAAAACCUGAAGCUGAAGGAUGCCCAGGAAGGAAUAAAUGCGUUCACUGAGAAACGGAAAGCAGUAUUUACUCAUACUGAUGAAAAAUGUUGA